CUUUUGAAAUGUCUUCAAGUUUCAAGAUGGCGACGCUCGCGAUGCUCGCGUGUUUUUUCUUGGCGAUGGCGACCGCCGAGGACCUGCAAGUCGGCACCAGCCUGAACGGCCAGCUGGCUUAUUCGGAGGAGGUCGAGCUGUCAUCGUGGCCGCUGAAGACGAGGACCAAGAACGUGUUCUAUAACGAUGGAAAUAAUAGGACUCUCAAGGGCAUCUCAGCAAUAGAUAAGGAUAAGAGUGCUGCGCAGGCGACGGUGACGUCGGGCGGCGUCGGAUUCACAUUCGCCAACGUUCGGAUCAAGAGCCAGAAGGGAGACGGACUCAAUUACCAAGUGCAGUUCUUUGUUUGA